AUGUCAUUUGACACCAUCCCCAUCCUUGACCUAUCCCAGGCCAAAGACCCAUCUACUAAGCCACAGUUCCUGGAUGAGCUCCGACACGCUCUCUUAGAAGUUGGCUUCCUGUACCUGAAGAAUGUAGGAAUCCCAGAAGAGCUCACACAAAAGGUUAUAGAAGAAGGCGUGGCCUUUUUUGACCUGCCUAUGGAAGAGAAACUCAAAAUUGAAAUGAAAAACGCCCCCUCCUUCCUAGGUUACUCCCGCCUCGACGCUGAAAUAACAGCACACACCAUUGACCACAGAGAACAAAUCGACCUCUCAACCGACCACGCCGUCAGGACACCAGAUCAGCCACUCUACCGAAACCUCUUUGCACCCACACAAUGGCCGCCCCCUGCUUACCUCCCGGAUUUCAAGCCCGUGUACUCGCAAUACAUAACCCUGAUGGGCGAAAUCUCCAUCUUCUUCACGUCUUUGAUCGCAGAAGCCAUCGGAUUACCAGCCACCGCAUUCAACAAGUACUUCGACGCCGACCAACAACAUAAACUCAAAAUCGUAAAAUACCCCGAUUUGAAAGAGCUAGGGCUAUGGAAGGAGGGAGAUGAGGUGAAGGAGGGGCAGGGCGUUGGACCGCAUAAGGAUAGCAUGUUUACGAGCUAUUUGCUGCAGGUUACGAAGCAUAAGGGUCUCCAGGUGCAGAAUCUGAGGGGCGAGUGGAUUGAUUGUCCGCCUAUUGAUGGUACGCUUGUGGUUGCCAUUGGGCAGGGGAUGGAGGCUCUUACGCAAGGUGUUUGUAUGUCCACGACCCAUCGCGUGCUCUCUCCAGCUCCUGGGAGCGGGGCGAGAUUUUCGGUUCCUUUUUUUCAAGGAGUUAGUCUUGAUGCUGAGUUCGACGAGCUGAAUGAUUUGGAUGGUGGAGGCGGCGUGGGCAGGGUUCCGGAGGAGGUGAGGGAGAUGAGGAGGAGGGUUGUGGAGAGGAAUGGAGGGAGGCUGGAUGAUGUGGAGUUUACGUUCAGGAGUGGAGGAAGUGCGAGGACGUUGGGCGAGGCGACGCUGAGGAAUAGGAUUAAGAGCCAUCCGGAUGUGGGGGAGAGGUGGUAUCCCGAGAUUCUGGCAGAAAUUAGAGCGCAGCAGGAGGAGAGGGAGGAGGGUGACAGGAAGAAAGCUGCUUUUGAACCACAGCAGAAUGGCGCUCCUCUGACCGGAGGGUUGGGCCAAGUUGUAGAAGCACACUGA